AUGAUAAAGGAGAUGAAAGCUAAUGGUUUUGAGUCUGAUCUGGCGACAAGCACCAUGCUGGUACAUUUGCUUUGCCGGACUCAUCGGUUCGAGGAAGCAUGUGCUGAGUUUGAGGACACGUUCCGGAGAGGGCUUGUGCCCCAGUAUAUCACUUACCGGAUGCUUAUGAAAGAGCUCAAGCGGCUUGGCUCGGUUCAACUGGUCGAUAAGUUGACUGAUCUGAUGCGCUCAGUACCACAUUCUACAAAGUUGCCUGGCAGCUACAGAGAAAAGGAAGGCGAUGAUGCUAAAGCCAAGAGAAAACUGAUAUUGGAGAAAGCUCAGGCUGUUUCCAAUGUUCUCAAGGAGUGUAAAGAUCCCAAGGAGUUGCACAAGCUAAAAGAUGAUGAAGAAACUGAUGUCCAGCUUGCAGAUAGGUUAGUAGCCAGCAUUAGAAAAAGAGUAUAUGGUGGCGUCUCUAGGACUCUUCCUUGAACAGCGAGUUGGCAAAAUCGAAUCAUUAAGAUUGAUUGCAUGUUCGGGGAUUUAGAAAUCGAUCAAGCAACUCAUACUUCACAUGAUUGAUUUCCCUUGGGAUCUUCAAGAAGAAACAAGAGACUGUAAACUCUAAUCAUCUUUGGUUACUUCCUCUCCUCCAUGAGUGAUUCUCAGAAGCAGGGGACAUGCUUGAAUGGAUAAUUUCUAGCAAACUGGUCAAAGUGUGGCUUGAGCACACACGAGCUGUCCGGCAUACAUGUAAGUAACAACUGAAGCGUCUAUUUAUAUCCUUCCUGGUGUGUUCCUGGUGAUGCUAGUUAAGGGUCUAUUUUCCCCGCAAACAAGGUUUUUUUUAUUCGAAGUAUCUUCAUAGGAAUUUUCGAUGACUGGAAUCCUGAGGAAUUGUGGGAUUACGUAUCGCAUUGAAAUUCUUCCCAAGGACUCCAUUCACUAUAUUUCAUAGGAACAUUUUCUAUUGACUCAGUCUAUGAUACACUCAAACAAACUUCGGUGCAAAUGUAAUCCUGUAGGAGCAUGAAUUGCAGUCCUGUGUUUUUCAUA